AUGCACAACCGUGCUGUUCUCCAUUCCCUCCGCGAUGGACAAACUCUGGGCGCAAUUGGGGUAGACGAAUUCGACCAGGACGCUUGCUAUAUCGAGACGAAUCUAGGUGGCUACUUGGAUGCUAACUUGGCAAUAAUCAACGUUAGAGGCGAGAGCGAGGGUUCUGGUGAAUCGAGUGUAGAUGAGGAAUGGAACCAGCUCGUUCUAGUCGACUUACAUAGCAUGAAAGCGAUUAGGCCAAUUGGGCCCCGAACUCUGGAUGCUGAGGACUGGACGUAUUGA